UGAUUCUAGCUCGCUGACAAAUACACAAUCCACUGAAAAAGAACAGAGCAUGGCAGCUGAGAGGGAUAGAAAGUAAUACCAAACAAAAGGAGGGGCGCAAAAGAGACUCCCCCCUCUUUUUUGAGCAUAAGUUAUUAGCCCUGAUUCUGGAGCCUGCAGGCUGCAGGCGGGUGCUGCAGCAAUGACCGGGGCAGCAAUGAAGAGGGGGAGGAGCGGAGCUGUGGGCAUUGGAGCCGGAGUGGUGCUGCUGUUCUUGGCCACCGCCUCCUUGGGGGCUAAUGCCAACACCGACUCUAACGAUGUGACGGCCCUCAAUGUCUUCUACACAACGAUGAACUCGCCACCCCAACUGAAAAACUGGGUGUCCCAAAAUGCAGAUCCUUGCGGACAGUCGUGGAAUGGGAUCACUUGCUUGGGUUCCAGAGUGACAACAAUAAAGUUAUCCGGUAUGGGGCUUAACGGGACUUUGGGGUACAACAUGAAUCUACUGACUGCACUAGUUCAGCUUGAUAUGAGCAACAAUAAUCUUGGAGGCAGUGACAUUCCUUAUAAUCUUCCUCCAAAUCUCGAGAAACUAAAUCUUGCUGGAAAUCACUUCACUGGAACCACACCAUACUCUAUUUCCCAAAUGUUUGCACUUAAGGAUUUAAAUCUUGCUCAUAACCAAAUCUCAACCAUCAGUGAUAUGUUUAACCAGCUCACCAAUCUAACAACAAUGGACCUCUCAUACAACGCAUUUUCUGCUAAUAUUCCACAAAGCUUCAACUCUUUAACAAGUUUGACAACACUUUAUCUGCAGAACAACCAAUUCAGUGGCACCAUAGAUGUCCUUGCCAAUCUUCCUCUUACUGAUCUAAAUAUUGCAAAUAAUCGAUUCACUGGAUGGGUACCUGAUAAGCUAAAGAAAAUAAGGACUCUCCAGACAGCUGGAAAUUCGUUUAGCAAUGGUCCUGCACCACCACCUCCACCAGGUACAACUUCACCGCCUCAGGGCCCUCAACGGCCUGCUCUUCCAAGUAGGAAUGGCAACAAUGGCUCUUCCGACAGUGGCAGUAAACACUCGAAACUGAAAGGAGGUGCAGUAGCAGGAAUUGUAAUAUGUUUGUUGGUUGUUAGUGCAAUUGUUGCAUUCUUCGUGAUCAAGAGGAAAUCUUGGAAAUUGUCAAGGGGACGAGACCCUGAACAGAAUGAACCUCUCAGUCCUCUUGCUUCAGGACUUAAACAGAUGAAGUCCAUCAAGAUCAUCUCAACAAUUGGCAAGGAUCAAUUGCAGAAGACUGUUUCAAUGAGCCUAAAACCUCCAACAAAAAUUGACAUGCACAAGUCCUUCGAUGAAAAUGAUCUCACAAGCAAGUCUGUCACAAGGAAAAUAAGUUUGUCUUCCAUCAGAACACCUGCAUACACAGUUGCAGACCUGCAGGUAGCAACAGGAAGCUUCAGUGCUAACAAUUUUAUUAGUGAGGGGUCAUUUGGACGUGUUUUCAAAGCACAACUAAACGAUCAGAAGGUCCUGGCUGUAAAGAAAAUCAACUUUUCUGCAUUCCCAAGCUAUCCUUCCGAUUUGUUCAUUGAGUUGGUUGCAAAUAUUUCAAGGCUAAAUCAUCCAAACCUUGCUGAGCUAGUUGGCUACUGUUCAGAGCAUGGGCAGUGCUUGUUGGUAUAUGAAUUCUAUGAAAAUGGUUCUCUCCAUGACUUACUUAACCUGGUGGAUGAUCAAAGCAAACCGUUGUCUUGGAAUAACCGUGUGAAGAUUGCCCUCGGAUCUGCAAGGGCAUUAGAGUACCUACAUGAGACAUGUUCGCCAUCUGUGAUUCACAAGAAUUUCAAGUCAUCAAACAUUUUACUGGAUAAUGAGCUUAACCCCCACCUUUCGGAUUCUGGGUAUGCGGAUCUUAUUCCUAACCAGGAAUUCCAGGAAUCAGAGGAAAACUCGGGUUAUAGGGCACCUGAGUUGACAAUGUCUGGCCAAUACUCACUGAAGAGUGAUGUAUAUAGCUUUGGAGUUGUCAUGUUAGAGCUCCUGACUGGCCGCAAACCGUUUGACAGGUCCCGACCACGAUCUGAGCAGUCACUGGUCCGAUGGGCUACCCCGCAGCUGCAUGACAUCGACGCGCUAGACCAGAUGGUUGAUCCAGCACUCCAGGGGCUGUACCCGUCGAAAUCCCUGUCUCGCUUUGCCGACGCGAUCGCCCUCUGUGUUCAGGCCGAGCCAGAGUUCCGGCCACCGAUGUCCGAGGUCGUCCAGUCAUUGGUCCGGCUCGUGCAGAGGGCAAACAUCACGAGAAUGUCCAGCAGCGAGAACUACUCACGGCGCCACAGCGAAUCUGCGUUGGAUCUUAGGAAGUCUCUCCACUCCUCAGGGAAAGCGCCUGGGCAUGUUAAUCUGCACAGUGCCCGAUCGUAUACGCAAUGUGCCGGGGCGGGUGGUUCUGCCGACCAAGAGAUUGUGAUUGCACUGGGAAGCAAUGUGGGAGAUAGGAUCGGUACGUUCGACAGAGCGCUGCGGCUCAUGAGAAGCUUGGGCAUAAAAAUCACGAGGCACGCCUGUUUGUAUGAGACUGCCCCUGCUUAUGUGACCGAUCAGCCACGGUUCCUGAACUCUGCUGUUAGGGGCACAACUAAGCUGGGACCUCACGAUCUGCUGAAGAAGCUGAAGGAGAUCGAGAAGGAUAUAGGGCGCACUGCCGGAAUAAGGUAUGGUCCAAGGCCAAUCGAUCUAGACAUUCUUCUGUAUGGUAACUCUCAGAUCAAUACCGAGACUCUAAUCGUGCCACAUGAACGCAUCCAUGAGAGACCGUUUGUUUUAGCACCUCUUGUUGACCUUCUAGGUUCUUCUGCCGACGAUUGUAUGGAGAAAAGCUGGCACUCUCUCUCAAAGUGCAGUGGCGGGUUCUUUGAUUUGUGGAAUAAGCUUGGUGGUGAAUCUGUAAUUGGAACAGAAGGUAUUAAAAGGGUAAUUCCUGUUGGAAGUCGUCUGCUGGAUUGGCGUGAGAGGACCCUUGUUAUGGGAGUGCUUAAUGUGACGCCGGACAGCUUUAGUGAUGGAGGUAAGUUUCUAGAAGUGGCAGCUGCCAUUUCUCAGGCCAAGUUGCUAAUAUCACAAGGGGCAGACAUUAUUGAUAUCGGUGCUCAAUCCACCAAGCCCAAUGCAACAAGGCUAUCUGCAAACGAAGAACUUGAGAGGCUGGUUCCUGUUCUGGAUGCAAUCACAAAACUUCCCGAGAUGGAAGGGAAGUUGCUCUCAGUAGACACAUUCUACGCGCAAGUUGCUGCUGAAGCUGUAAAAAGAGGAGCCAGCAUGAUUAAUGAUGUAUCUGGUGGAAAGCUUGACCCAAAUAUUCUUGAAGUUGUAGCUGAACUUGGAGUUCCAUAUGUUACCAUGCACAUGAGAGGUGAUCCAUCAACUAUGCAAAGUGAACAGAAUUUACAGUAUGACGAUGUCUGCAAAGAAGUUGCUUCUGAGUUAUAUGAACGGUUGAGAGAAGCAGAGUUGUCUGGUAUUCCUUUGUGGAGGAUAGUUCUUGAUCCCGGCAUUGGGUUCUCCAAGAAAUCUAGUCAGAAUCUUGAAGUUAUCAGGGGCUUGGGAUCCAUUAGACAUGAGAUGGCGAAAAUGAGUUUAGGUGCUUCACAUGUGCCAAUAUUAAUUGGAGUCUCAAGGAAAAGAUUCUUAGGUGAAAUAUGCAAUCGUGUGGAUCCAGCUGAGAGAGAUGUUGCUACUGUUGCUGCUGCUACAGCUGCGAUUAUGAAUGGUGCUAAUAUAAUAAGGGUCCAUAAUGUUGGGUACGGUGGGGAUACUGCAAAGGUCUGUGAUGCAUUGCGUACGGGCAUAAGCUGAUAACAGAAAAUAUGCCACCAGAACAGAAUCGAGACCAGACUCCAGUUUUGUACAAGAACAUGGUGACAUAUAGUAGCACUGUCACAUCAUUGGCUUCUCAGAUCAUACCAUAUGGAGUGCAUCAUCACUUAAAGUGAUCAAAGCAUGCGUAAAUAACUAUUACAAUGAACAAAAGAGUACAGUUUUUCUUGUAGGCCACCUCCUGUGUAGAAUCUAAGGAAGCAAAGGUAAACUCAACUCAGAUCACCAGAGAGUAACCAAGAAAAAAAGUUCUGAAAGCGGCUAGUAAGGUCUAGAUAAUUUGCAUCUAUCCUCGAUAAUUUUCUGGCAUAAUUUCUUAUGCAACUUUGUGGUAUAAUUUUUUUUAAUUCAACAGCCUCAAAAGGACUUUGACUUCUUUGGACUUUCAAGUUGUUUUCAAGUCCAGUAUGUUUGCAUUGUUUGUAGUACACAGAUCGACAUAUGUCAUGUUAAUUGAAGCUAUUCCAGCUUUCCUUUUUAUGACACUUCUCUUUGUGACUACUUAACUGUGUUUUGUUCUUGUUGUAACCAAUGACGAAACUCAUGCAUUGCAAGUGCCAUAUGACAUUACUAGGGCUCAAAGCUUGUGGCUUGUGAUCUAACCAACUUUCCGAGGGUUUUAUUCUCUAAUUGUGAAACCUUUUAUAAUGUACUUUGCUUGAAGUUGUCUACUUGAGAGAAUUAUUUGUUGCUAAAGAAAUGAUUUCCAUCUCUCAUGCUGAUUUGGAUUUUAAUUCUCACCUUCAAGAGUGUUUGAAGAAAAAAUCAUGAAGGUUCGAAAAUAAAGGUUUUUGACCCAAUGAAGAAACUCAUGCAUUGCAAGUGCCAUAUGACAUUACUAAGCCUGAAGGCUUGGUGUAUGAUCUUACCAAGUUUCUGAGGUUUAUUGUCUAAAUUUGAGACCAUUUUAAUGCACUUUUCAUGUAAUGUCUACCUGAUUGCAUCAUUUGUUCCUACACAAUUGCUUUCCACCUCUGACAGAUUUGGAAUUUUUUUCCCGAGAAAACGCAAAAGCUUUGCUUCUUGGACACAUUGGAUUUUAAAUCUGAAUAUAUUUCUUUUCCCAUUUCGAAGUUUAUCUAUGGGUGGUUUGACUGGAUUCUCGUGCAUUUUAUUCCUCCUAUGUACCCUGAUGAAACGUUAUGAACUGGAAGUACCAUAUGAUUAUAGUUUGUCAAGAUAUCGAUGCAAGUUUUCUCAGGUGUAUGACAUUAGCUUUGCAUUUUUUUUUGUAUUUUAGAUUUGUUGUAUUAAUUGAAGCUAUUCCAGCUUGCCUUUGAUCUUGUUCUACCCAAUGAGGAAAUUCAGCAAUGCAAGUGCCGUAUGACAUACUAGGCCUCAAGGCUUGGUCUAUGAUUUAAUGAGAUUUCUGAGGGUUGUACUGUCUAAAUGCAAGAGCUUCUUAAUGUGCUUUUCUUUCGAAUUGUCCAUUUGAGAUAAUCAAUUGUUUCUACAGAAUUGCUUUACACCGAUUUGGAGUUGAACUGCUUUGUACUAUCCAUUUAAAUAAUAUCCAUUGAGCAUCUUUGUUCCUGCUAUGCCCACUGAUGAAACAUAAGAGCUGCAAGUGCCAGAUGAUUAUACUGGCGUCAAGAAUGGCCGUAUCAAUGAUAUCAACGCAAAUUUUUGUGUGCUUGUCUUGUUUAUACUAUUGGAGUUUUUUUUUUUGCAGUUUAGAAAUGCUGUAUAAAUUAAAGCUAUUAUGGCUUAUCUUUGAUUAAGAAAAAGACCUUGGAACUCCAAAUAUGUUCUACUCAAUGAGGAAAUCCAUGCAUUGCAAGUGCCGUAUGACGUACUAGACCUCAAGGCUGUAUGUAUGAUUUAACCAGGUUUCUGAGGGUUUUAUAUUGUCCAAAUGCACGAUCUUUUUUAAUGUACUCUUCUUAGAACUAUCUACUUGAGAUCUGCCAUUUGUUACUGCAGAAUUGCUGUGCACCUCUCAACAGAUUUUAGAUUUUGUAUUGGACCUCGUUUUCUACUGCCAUUUCUUGAAGAGUAUUCAUGGUGUCUUCUUGUGCAUUUUUUAUUCCUCCAAUAUCCGCUCAUGAAACUUCUAUGCAACUGCAAGUGUGGGAUGCUUAUGCUAUCAUCAAGAACUGCCGUGUCAAUGAUAUCAACCCAGAUUUCUAAGGGCCUGUCUUCUAGUAUAGUAUUGGGCUUCCCUAUCAUUUGUUCAUGUAUACUAUGCUUGCUAUUUACAUAGGUAAUUGUUGUUCCUUUCUUCCCACUCUAUUCUGUGUCAUGUAUAUUUCCCUAGUACUAUUGAGGUCAUCCCUUGAGGCUAACGCGUAGGCCUUACGGAUAUUGUGGUAUUGAAAAUGUUGUAUUGUACUAAAUUUGUCUUUUGAACAUCA